AUGGUGCUACGAACAGCAUCAUGGAGUCUCUCAUUACAACAAUCGAUUCGUUUAUUUUCAUCUAGUCGCAUUUCCCGCGACAUCAGCCCAUUCACUCGUCAUCUCUUCAACAUCCCCAAAGCUCCGCCAGCACCAUCGCAAAACCACCACGAUCUACCUUCAUUUUAUGCUUAUGCAAAACAGACGUCGCUACCGGAACGGACUACAACCUACGUUGGCACAAAAUAUGAAUACACCGUAAAAUCUACUCUGCGCCGGUUCGCGUUUGAUCUGGAACGAAUCGGUGGUCGGGAUGAUGCCGGCAUAGACCUCGUUGGCACAUGGCACGUUCCAGGCAGAGACCUCGCACCGUUCCGAGUCAUCGUCCAGUGCAAAGCCCUAAAGACGAAACUUGGUCCUAAUCUCGUUAGGGAGCUAGAAGGCGCUUUUCGGCAUUCACCUGUGGGAUGGCGGACGAACGACAAGGUUGCUGUACUGGUUAGUCCGAGGGAAGCCACGAAAGGCGUGAGGGAUACGUUGACGCGAAGCUCUUAUCCGCUCUUUUGGAUGAUGAUGGAGGGCGAUGGGGCGUUGAAGCAGGUUCUGUGGAAUUCAAAGGUGGAGGAAUUGGGGUUGGCGCCCUUGGGCGUUGAGACGAGGUAUUCCCAAGACGCUGAAAGUGCUUCUGGUGAUCCACCGCGUCCGGAUGUACUUUUGACGUGGGAUGGAGACGAUAUUCCAGAUAUGGACUGUGUUGAGAAUAGCAUAUCGCAGAAGGAAGCCGACUGGCUGUCUGCUUGGGGGUAUCAGGACUUGCCCGAGGCACAGAAGUAUGAGCUGCUCACAAUUCUGGAAAACUCGUAUCCUGAAAUGGCGCGGGAAAUUCUCCAUGGCGGAGUCGUCGAAGACUUCGAUGCAAGGAAAGCGCAGAUACUACAGCUGCUUAAUGAUAAAUUUAAAUCAUGA